AAGUCUGUGUAGCUGCUCUCCCCGAGCUGUGUGCGGCUCAGCAGGUCCCGGGGCGGGCCCGGGCAGCAGGGGGCGGUAUCUCGGGAAGGAGGGGGCGCCGCUGUUAUUGUUGCCGCGCUGCUGCUGGGAGAGCUGCUGCUGACGGGCUGGCGACGGAGGCUGGAGACAAUCACAAUCGGUCCCCGGACAGCAGCACCGGAGCUGGGGCGGGAAGAAGGGGGUCACUGGGGCGGAGAACCCGAGGAGACACUACCGGCGGGGGGAGGGGAUCUCGGGAACAACUUCCUGGCAACCGAGGAUUUGCUCUCCAGGAUCCCGGGCUGUCUGCUGCCCGCACUGCUCGAGAGGAGGGUCCGGAGUCUGCAGGACACAGCCUAACGGCGAAGAUUAAACGUCUGGAUUAGACUCUGGGAGGGAGUCGUUCUUCAGAAGCAGCUCCUUGCCAGCACAAGAGGAAAGAGAGAUGUGAGAGAUGAUUGGGAUGUAAUCGUGUUGUGGUGGCAAUCUGUUAAGGAGCCUAGAUCGGUGUGCAGAGAAGCAAUGGGAAUUGGAGGCCAUGGUAACCUGACAUAAAUGGCAGGCUGGAGGCGAUCUCACCUCUUUGCAUCCUACUUUUAUUGCCUUGUACUGUGCUGUUGCUGCUGCACCCGAGAGGGACAUUACAUUUCUGCACUGUGCAGUCAGAGGACAGUGAUCAAGCAGUUUAGGUGAAUUCUGCAAGCAGGUGGGGUGUUUGGCCUCACCAUGAUUCACCUAUGGAAACUUGUUCGGCACAUGCGACAGCUGGAACUUCACCGCUUGAUCCUGCUACUGAUUGCCUUCAGCUUGGCCUCCAUGUGCUUUUUGGCUUACUAUGUAACCAACAGCCCUAAAAUCAAGGAGCCCCCUCCUCCACCUUUUAGCGACUGCAGUAGCCAGCAGAGAAUUGUUGUUCAGCCCCAGGCCAGCUGGCGGCUAGCCAGAUCUGUGGACACUUCUCGCACUGAGCCAGUGGUGCUUGUAUUUGUGGAGAGCAUAUACUCUCAGCUUGGACAGGAAAUCGUGGCCAUCUUGGAAUCGGGUCGAUUCAGGUACAGGACAGAAAUCGCUCCCGGGAAGGGAGAUAUGCCGACUUUGACCGAUAAAGACAGAGGUCGUUACGCUCUGAUAAUUUAUGAGAACAUCCUUAAGUAUGUCAAUUUAGAUGCAUGGAACCGUGAACUGCUAGACAAAUACUGUGUUGAAUAUGGGGUUGGUAUCAUCGGUUUCUUCAAAGCAAAUGAGAAUAGCUUACUAAGUGCACAGCUCAAAGGCUUCCCACUCUUCCUACAUUCCAAUUUGGGACUGAGGGACUACCACAUUAACCCAAAUGCUCCACUUCUGUAUGUUACGAGAGCUAAUGAGGUGGAUCAAGGUCCUCUUCCCGGAGAUGACUGGACGGUAUUCCAGUCUAACCACAGCACGUAUGAACCUGUACUGUUGGCCAGCACCAAGUCUUCUGAAUCAAUCCCGCACCUUGCGACACACAAAGCACUUCAUGCCACUGUGGUGCAGGAUUUGGGUCUUCAUGAUGGAAUCCAAAGGGUACUGUUUGGCAAUAACCUUAACUUUUGGCUGCACAAACUUAUUUUUGUUGAUGCCAUUGCGUACUUAACUGGCAAACGACUUUGCCUCACACUUGACCGAUACAUUUUGGUUGACAUUGAUGAUAUAUUUGUUGGCAAAGAAGGAACACGAAUGAAAGUUUCCGAUGUAGAGGCCUUACUUAAAGCUCAGAGCAAGCUAAGAACCUUGGUACCGAAUUUCACCUUCAAUUUGGGAUUCUCUGGGAAAUUCUAUCAUACAGGCACAGAUGAGGAGGAUGAAGGGGAUGACAUGCUGCUCAUGCACAGGAAGGAAUUCUGGUGGUUCCCCCAUAUGUGGAGCCACAUGCAGCCUCACUUGUUCCACAAUGUCACCGUGUUAGCAGAGCAGAUGAAACUCAACAAGCAAUUUGCCCUGGAGCAUGGUAUCCCUAUAGAUCUGGGAUAUGCAGUGGCACCACAUCAUUCUGGUGUGUACCCCAUACAUAGCCAACUUUAUGAAGCUUGGAAAUCUAUAUGGAAUAUCCAGGUUACAAGCACAGAAGAAUACCCUCAUCUAAGGCCAGCACGCUACCGGAGAGGAUUCAUCCACAACCACAUCAUGGUUUUACCAAGACAGACAUGUGGGCUUUUCACUCAUACAAUAUUCUACAAUGAAUAUCCAGGAGGUUCUAAAGAACUUGACAAGUCCAUCCGUGGUGGGGAACUGUUCCUGACUGUCCUCCUGAACCCGAUCAGCAUCUUCAUGACACAUCUCUCAAACUACGGAAAUGACCGCCUGGGGCUUUACACCUUUGAGAGCCUGGUGAAGUUUGUGCAGUGCUGGACCAACCUCAGGCUUCAGACUCUACCACCUGUCCAGCUAGCAAAGAAAUACUUUGAGAUCUUCCCCCAAGAGAAGAACCCUCUGUGGCAGAACCCAUGUGAUGACAAGCGGCAUAAAGACAUCUGGUCUAAGGAGAAGACGUGUGACCGGCUACCCAAAUUCCUUGUUGUUGGACCUCAAAAGACAGGCACAACUGCCCUUUACUCAUACCUGAGCAUGCAUCCAGCAGUCACCAGCAACUUCCAGAGUCCGGUCACCUUUGAAGAAAUCCAGUUUUUUAAUGGGGUGAACUACCACAAAGGCAUUGAUUGGUACAUGGAUUUUUUCCCCAUACCUUCUAAUGCCAGCACAGACUUCAUGUUUGAGAAAAGUGCCAACUAUUUUGACACCGAAGUGGUACCGAAAAGGUCUGCCGCUCUCCUCCCCAGAGCCAAAAUGAUUGUCAUCCUGAUUAACCCUGCUGACCGUGCUUACUCCUGGUACCAGCACCAGCGGGCACACAAUGAUCCGGUGGCAAUGAACUACACCUUUGCCCAAGUGAUUACUGCCGGUUCACAUGCUCCCCAUGAGCUGAGAAACCUUCAGAGCCGCUGCCUGGUACCCGGAUGGUACGCUACGCACCUGGAGAGGUGGCUGACCUUCUACCCACCAAGUCAGCUUCAUAUAGUGGACGGUCAGGAACUGAGGAACCACCCUGCUGCAGCCAUGGAUAACAUCCAGAAGUUCUUGGGAGUAACGCCACAUUUGAAUUACACACAAGCCCUCAAGUUUGAUGAAGCAAAAGGAUUUUGGUGUCAGCUGGUAGACAGUGGGAAGACUAAAUGCCUUGGAAAGAGCAAAGGCCGGAAAUAUCCAGAAAUGGAGUCUUCGUCCCGGAGUUAUCUUGCAGACUUUUAUCGAGAAAAUAACAUUGAACUAUCAAAGCUUCUGAACCGAUUGGGACAACCUCUGCCAACAUGGCUCCGGGAAGAUCUUCAGAACUCAAGCAGAAGCUGAGCUUGGUCUCCACAUGGGAGAAGUGAACAGAUCCAACACAUGUGACAAAGGCCUCUCUUGCCAGACUGGUUAUCAUUUCUUCUUUAAUGUGGCAAUUAUCCGCACUACAACUGUUCAUCGUUCCUUGUAGGAGCAGAUAGACUUAAGUUGUCAUUAUUGUGGAAUAUGGACAUCUUGUACUGCAAUGACGAACAUCACCAUCUGGCUAUGACAAGACCUCCUGAAACUAGGAGACAGGGGCGUGUUGUGGUUAGAAAUGCACCUCAUGUGCAAAAGUGUUCAACAUGUGUUACAUAGGAUCUUGGGCAUCAAGAAGUGAAGUCGCACAAAAAAGCCUAUUCAGGUUGUUUAAGGAAUGAGGGGCAUUCAUGAAUCUAAUGUGUUUAUAUGGCAUGUAGUUUUGCUUUCUCAUUCGUGGAUUCCUCUCCUCUAACAUUCACACCUUGACAUCAGGACAACUUGCAUCUGUUGCAUGUUCUCCUGCCGGGAAGGUUAUUUUAUGAAGCUGUGCAAAAGAGCAUUUAAGUCCAUUUUAGCACUGGGAUCUUAUUUUAGUUAUAUGUAUGGAUAAUGGAUAUAGGAAUGAACAGGCCUAAAACCUACCAUUCUUCUGUACAUGAGCACUAUAUAUUCCUGUUCUAAGGUUCCAGUCUUCCCAGUACCCAUCCUGACAGUGGCAUUCAUUUCAUGUGUGAGGAGUCUAUCGUUCUGCUACUUCCAAUCAAGUCAUCUGCACAUUACUCAGUGGUUGUGAACUUGGAUUUUCUUGGUAUGUUGAGGGAUAAAUAACAUGGACUGAGGUGGUUUUAUUUGCACAGUGUUGCUCUGUGUAGCAGGAGAUUUGGGUAGUGACUUGACCCAUAUCCCCCCUUUAGAGGAAUUACAGUUCACAGUUUUGAAUGGAGUCAAUAGGUCAUCUCCUAUACACUUCAUUACUGUCAGCUAGCAUCCAAUGAGAACAUAUAGAGAAAAAAAAAGUAAAUAGACGUUAUGGCUGCCUGUAUUCAAUCCAUAAAUUAUAUGCCACCUUUAUAGUCCAAUAUUGCUCAUUUAGAGACUGAGGAUAGUGCAGGUAACUGGCUAAGGGCCCCAAGCAAAGUGAGGCUUCAAACUGUUCCCAGCAUGACUUACCCUAUAUCAGUAUAGAUUAAAUAAAUCUGCCCUAGCUUCAGUGUUGAAUAUGGACUACAAAAAGAUCUGUAUAAUCUUCCUCCUGGAAUUGCAGCAGUUGACCACUGGAGGGCAGUGUAAAUUGUGAUUUUUUUAAAUCUCAUUGACUCAGUAAUGUUGCGAUUGGAGGUAGUUCUAGGUUAUACAGAUAACAUUCCUUGUAGUCUGGGGUUGUCAGGUCCUCGGCUUCUACAUGAAAUAAAGUGGAAACUAUACUCUGUUCACUGGUUAAUUCUGGGGAAUGGCCCUUUUCCUACGUGGAAAAUAGGAUUUAGGACAUUACCCUUUUCUUCUCAAAUGGGUUUUUAAUCAUAUGUCAUUCCGCAGCGAUACUCUGUAUUUUAAAGGUUCUGCUCUACACAAUAUUUUGUCGUCUUAACAGAAUGUGAGGGGAGGGAGAGCAGAUGGAUAAGGGGCAUUUUUACACAAGCUUCUUAAAUUAAGCUGUAGGUAUUGUGUAUUUUGUAAAAAUGGUCCAUUUACUCUUGUAUGUUGAAAUGUAUAUAGUAUGCAAUAUAGUAUUUUAUGCCAUGUACCUUUUUUUUUUUUUUUUUUUUUUCAGCGGGUUACAAAUCGUGCAACCAGAAGCUUAAACGCCAGGGGAAAAAAAAAAAAGAUACAUUUGGUAUUUUGUCAACAAGCCCUCUGUCCCCCUACUGCACUGGACCCUCAUGUAUUGUGUCAUUCACAUUGAAUGAUGAUAAUGGAGAAAUUUUUGGCUCUCGCAGCUGAACACAUCUAAAUAAAAGCUAGAAGUAGCAUUCGUGGAUUCACUAAA